AGUGGAUCCAGUGCCGUGACCCUCUGGGUGCUGGAGAAGUCUGGGCUAGAAUUUGUCUUCCUGCUCUCUCACCUUUUCCUUCCAAAGCAGAGUGUGAACAGGUGAAGCCGUUGCACCUCUGCCGCAUUGUGUUCAGCACCUCAAGACAGACGCUUAUGUGGAUUCCAGACUCCUUUUUUUCCAGUUUGCUGAGUGGGAGAAUUUCAACACUUCGGGAUGAAACUGGUGCUAUAUUUAUUGAUAGGGACCCAGCAGCAUUCGCCCCUAUUUUAAAUUUUCUUCGGACAAAAGAACUCGACUUAAGGGGAGUGAGCAUCAGUGUCCUCAGACACGAAGCCGAGUUUUACGGGAUCACUCCGCUAGUGCGAAGGCUGCUGCUGUGUGAGGAGCUGGAGAGGUCGUCCUGUGGCAGUGUCCUGUUCCACGGCUACUUGCCCCCACCAGGCAUUCCCAGCCGUAAAAUAACUAGCACAGCUAGAUCCUCAGUGGAUGCUAGGAAUGGACUGAAUUCUGUGGAAGGCGAAGCCCAGGGAUGCGGGACCCAGCCUGUGCUCUCUGGAAAUGGAGAUGAGACUGUUAGGCUGGGGUUUCCAGUGGACCCACGAAAGGUGCUAAUAGUUGCCGGCCACCACAACUGGAUCGUAGCUGCAUAUGCACACUUCGCCGUGUGCUACAGAAUCAAAGAGUCUUCGGGAUGGCAGCAAGUGUUUACCAGCCCGUACCUGGACUGGACCAUCGAACGGGUGGCUGUAAAUGCAAAGGUGGUUGGAGGUCCUCACGGAGACAAAGACAAGAUGGUGGCCGUCGCCUCAGAGAGCAGCAUCAUCCUGUGGAGUGUUCAGGAUGGAGGAAGUGGAACUGAGAUCGGUGUAUUCAAUCUUGGUGUUCCUGUAGAUGCGCUCUUCUUUAUUGGGAACCAGUUGGUGGCCACGAGUCACACAGGCAAAGUGGGAGUAUGGAAUGCUGUCACUCAGCAUUGGCAGGUGCAGGAUGUUGUUCCAAUAACCAGUUAUGACACUGCGGGCUCCUUCCUUCUCCUUGGAUGCAAUAAUGGAUCGAUAUAUUACAUAGACAUGCAAAAGUUCCCACUACGGAUGAAGGAUAACGACCUCCUUGUCACUGAACUCUAUCACGACCCCUCCAAUGAUGCCAUCACUGCGCUGAGUGUUUACCUCACCCCCAAAACGAGUGUCAGCGGAAACUGGAUUGAGAUCGCCUACGGUACCAGCUCUGGAGCUGUGCGGGUGAUUGUGCAGCACCCGGAGACAGUCGGCUCAGGGCCACAGCUCUUCCAGACCUUCACAGUCCACCGCAGCCCUGUUACAAAGAUAAUGCUGUCCGAGAAGCACCUGGUGUCAGUGUGUGCCGACAACAACCAUGUCCGUACAUGGACAGUGACACGGUUCAGAGGGAUGAUCUCCACUCAGCCAGGUUCCACUCCUUUAGCGUCUUUCAAGAUCCUGUCCUUGGAGGAGACAGAAAGCCAUGGCAGCUAUUCCUCUGGCAAUGACAUAGGUGGGCAUCUUCACAAAUGAAAACCCAGGACUGGG